AUGUCCUCCUUGUUCCCGCCCCCUUCACGAGCGGAAAUAUCCACGCUCGAUUUUUCGCAGUGUCUAACGAUUGACCAGACCUGUCUCACCACCGCGCCCUGGUCAGAUGUAUCUCCCUCAGGCGACCCUCCUAACACGGGCGUAACACGGUACUACAACUUCACUAUCGCGCGGGGGACCGUGGCGCCGGACGGAGUCUCUAAAGAUGCCAUCUUGAUCAAUGGGCAGUUCCCCGGUCCAAUGAUCGAGGCCAACUGGGGCGAUAUGAUCGAGGUGACGGUGCGCAACGAGAUCUACGACGACGAAGAAGGCACGACCCUGCAUUGGCACGGAUUGACGCAGAAGAAGACGCCGUGGGAGGACGGAGUGCCGGGGGUCACCCAGUGUCCCAUCAUCCCCGGGGGGAGCUUCACCUACCGCUUCCAAGCCGAUCAGUACGGCACGAGCUGGUACCACUCCCACUUCAGUGCCCAGUACACCGACGGCGCCUACGGGCCGAUGAUCAUUCACGGACCCGUGCAGCCCGGGGCCGAGUACGACCUGGACGUGGGCCCGGUGAUGAUCGCGGACUACACCUACCUCGACUACUACUCCGUGCUCCAGGAGAUCCUCUCCAUCCCGCCCAGCUUUCCCAACGUGGACAACAACCUGAUCAACGGCCACGGGGCCAAUGGCACGGGGACGGGCUACGCGCGGUUCAACUUCACCUCCGGCAAGAAGCACCGGCUGCGGCUGCUGAACACGGGGGCCAACGCCAACCAGAAGUUCAGCAUCGACGGGCACACGAUGACGGUGAUCGCCAACGACUUCGUGCCGGUGCAGCCGUAUACCACCGAGGUCGUGACGCUGGGCGUGGGCCAGCGGACCGAUGUCAUCGUGGAAGCCACAGGCCAGCCGACGGACGCGUACUGGAUGCGCGCCACGCUGGAUAUGUACUGCCUGAACAACACCGCAACGUAUGAAACCGUGCAGGCGGCGAUCUACUACGAGCAGGCGAAUCCCAAGGCACUACCCACCAGCGAGUCGACCGCGACGUGGGAGAGCAACAACUGCCGCAACGACCCGCUGAACACGACGGUGCCGUACUACGCGCAGACGCCGCCGGCCACGCCCGCGCUGACGGAGACGCUCGAGGUGACGAUGGGGGUCAACGCCUCGGGGAACUACCUCUUCUUCGUGAACAACUCGACCUUCCGCGCCAACUACAACACGCCGCUGCUGCUGCUGGGCCGCAACGGCAACUUCUCCUACCCGGAGAGCCCGGACCUGAACAUCUACAACUUCGGGGCGAACGCCUCCGUCCGCCUGGUGAUCUACAACGUCUUCGCUAUGCAGCACCCGAUGCACCUGCACGGCCACAAUUUCUGGGUGCUGGCCGAGGGCCGCGGUACGUGGGACGGCACCAUCACCAACCCGUCCAACCCCCAGAGCCGCGACACGCAGAUCCUCCAGCCCGGCAACGCUGAGGACCCCGCCUACCUGGUCCUGGAGUGGCAGCUCAACAACCCGGGCACCUGGCCCCUGCAUUGCCACAUGUCCUUCCACGUGAGUGCGGGCUUGCUGAUCAACGUGGUGGAGCAGCCGGAUGCGAUCCAGACCCUGCAGAUUCCCAAGAGCAUGGCCCAGACGUGUCGCGACUGGGCUUACUUUAGCGGACAUGAGUUUGUGGAUGAGAUCGACUCGGGGGUGUAAUGGUAGGGAGAGAAGAGAAG